CCUCUCCAAGCACCACCCUCUUCCUUCCACUGCCCCAUGGCCAACGCAAUGUCUCCGCACCUCCUCCUCCUCCUCCUCCUCCUCCUCCUCUCCAUCUCUUCCCUCGUCCCUGCCUCUCGUAUUCCGGCCGUCAUUGUCUUCGGGGACUCCACCGUCGACUCAGGGAACAACAACCAAAUCCUCACCGUCCUCAAGAGCAACUUCCAGCCCUACGGCCGGGACUUCAUCGGCGGCCGGCCCACCGGUCGCUUCUGCAACGGCCGCCUCCCCACUGACUUAAUCUCCGAGGCGCUUGGCCUUCCACCUUCCGUCCCCGCCUACCUCGACCCGGCCUACUCCAUCCGCGACUUCGCCCACGGCGUCUGCUUCGCCUCCGCCGGCACCGGCCUCGACAACGCAACCUCCGACGUGCUGAAUGUGAUACCCCUAUGGAAAGAGGUGGAGUACUUCAAAGACUACAAGAAGAAGCUGAGAAGGUACGUGGGAAGGGCGAAGGCUAAGUAUAUCCUGAAGGAGGCAGUGUACAUUAUUAGCAUAGGGACCAAUGACUUCCUCGAGAACUACUACUUGCUUGUGACUGGGCGGUUCCUGCAAUUCUCCAUUGGAGAGUUCGAGGACUUCCUCAUCGAUCGCGCUGCCGAUUUCCUCACCAGAAUCUACCGGGUGGGCGCUCGUAAGAUAUCCUUCGCUAGUCUGAGUGCUAUCGGGUGCUUGCCAUUGGAGCGGACCACAAAUAUCCAGCAAGGUGGUGCUUGUGUCGAGAAAUACAGCAAGGUGGCCAGGGAUUUCAAUGCAAAGCUGCAGGCCAUGAUCGGGAGGCUGGAUGCUUCGCUGCCGGGGCUUAAGCUGAGAUACUUGGAUGCAUAUGAUCCCUUGCUUAAUAUCAUCCAGAACCCAUCCUCGUAUGGAAUCGAGAAUGUGGAAGAUGGAUGCUGUGCAACCGGGAAGUUCGAAAUGGGAUAUCUAUGCAAUGAGUGGGAACCGCAUACUUGCGAAGAUGCAGAGAAGUACGUGUUUUGGGAUGCCUUCCACCCCACCGAGAAGGUGAACCGUAUUAUGGCUAAUCUCACACUACGAACUAGUUUGUCCGAGUUUCUGUAAGGGCUAUCUCGGUACAAAUAUAUAUCAUCAUACAUAUGGCCCAUAGCAAUUCAUACAUUUGUUCAACGUUGACACUUAUUCUUUCCAUUAUUAGUUGUUUCCAAAACUCCCAAGUAUCUGCAAUAGAUUGUUUUGAUCUCUUAUUAUUAUUAUUAUUAUUUUA